UCUGUUGACUCAAGCCAAUGUGAUGAUGGCAAUAAUGGUGGAGACACGGCGGCGCACCACCAGGGAGCACCAUCCAAGGAGAAGAAUGAGGAGAGGGAAAAAAGACCCCAUGGACCAAGAACUGAUAUCACGCGACAAGACGGGAGAAGACGACUGCCAAUAAGCAGAAGUAAAGAAUCUUCACGACAAGAAACAAGAAAGAAGCCAAUUAUAAGCAGUAAAGAUUCUUCACCACAGCUAAAUAUAAGGCAUCCAAUAAGCAGAAACAAUGCUCGUGAGAUGAUAAGAUCAAGAUUGCUGGAUGAAGAGCAAUGCGACAUGUUUACCGGGGAAUGGGUGCCUAACCCGAACGGCCCAUAUUACACAAAUGAGACAUGCUCCGCAAUUCAAGAGCAUCAAAACUGCAUAAAAUUUGGCAGGCCCGACAGGGGGUUCUUGAAAUGGAGGUGGAAGCCCGAUGACUGUGAGCUGCCCCUGUUUGACCCCAACCAGUUUCUUGAACUUGUUAGGGGAAAAUCAAUAGCUUUCGUGGGGGAUUCUGUGGCUAGAAACCACAUGCAGUCUCUGAUUUGCCUCUUGUCCAGUGUUGCAAAUCCAGUUGAUUUAGCAGCCCCACUGGAUCAAAACAGACGUUACGAGUACAGAGAACACGACUUCAACGUUUCCAUUUUCUGGGCACCUUAUUUGGUGAGGACAGAAAAAACAGACCCCAACGACGAAAAGCGCCCUUUCAAAUUGUACCUCGACGAAUUCGACGAGCACUGGACAACCCAAAUCGCACUUUUCGACUACGUAAUCAUCUCAGCCGGCCACUGGUUCUUCCGCCCCACAUACUUCUACCUCAACAACCUCCUCAUCGGCUGCCUCUACUGCCCGGAAUCAAACGUCAACCACCUGACAGCAUACUUCAGCUACCGUCGCGCUUUCCGGACGGCGUUUCGGGCCAUUAACGCCGCCAACUACAAUGGCGUGACCUUCCUUAGAACGUACGCGCCGUCCCAUUUCGAGGGGGCGCCGUGGGACAAGGGCGGCGACUGUGCACGUAAACGGCCGUACCAGAGAAACGAGACGGUGUUGGAGGAUUACGGCUUGGAAAUGUAUCUGAUACAGUUGGAGGAGCUGAGAAUUGCACAGAAAGCAGGGAGGCGAAGAGGAGGGAAGUUCAGGCUGUUCGAUGCGACGAAGUCUAUGUUGUUGAGGCCCGAUGGACAUCCUAGUAAAUACGGGCAUUGGCCAAUGGCAGAUCAGACAAUUCCCAAUGAUUGUGUGCACUGGUGUUUGCCUGGUCCCAUCGACGCUUGGAAUGAUUUCUUGCAAGAAUUGUUGAUGAGAGAGACAAGAUGAGGAUAUGAUUGAUCCUUUGCGGCUCAGUGGACCUGCCAGUCCGAGGAAAUCAGACACGUCCUUCACAUGCCAGGAAACACGUCGAGAGCUGUGUAUAUAUGUUAUGGGAUUUCGUCGAUUUUGUGUAUAUGUAGGUUUUAUUUCUCAAUUUUCUAUGAGCAGUAUAUUUCUCAUAAAUUUUGUACGUAGAUGAAUAUGUUUUAGAUAAUUC